AUGCGCCGAGCAAUUGAUGAGUUCCAGAGCCCCCAGACCCAGAGCUCUGUCGCGAGCUCGGUCGGCUUUCAUGACAUUUCAGCCUCAUCGCAAGUUCACCUGGUGUCCCCCAUUGCCGCAACAGAUAUCGCAAUGACCAGCAUAGACGAGCUCUUCAAGGGUGUUGGCAACAAACGCAAGCUCGACCCUCUGCGGGAUCCCAACGAGAUCUACAAAUCUGCCCGUCUCAACGGCAGCCAAUCGAGUCGCCAGGCCCGCGUUGACGACGAGCCGUCGCAGGAUGAUGCAGUCAUCGAGGCCGGGCCGGCUGCACCCCCCGACGAAGGCGACGACGACGGCGGCGACUACGGGCCCUCGCUGCCCCCCGAGGAUGAAGACGACGGCGCAGAGGACGAGGAGGGCCGCUUCUUCGGCGGCGGUAUCAGCGCCCAGCAGCGCGAGAUCCUAGACUACGUAGACGAUGCAGAUGGACAACUGAACUUCAAGGAGGAGAAGAUCGACGUGCCGUGGCUGCGGCGGACGGCUCUCAACUUUGAGAAGCGCAUCUCCAAGAACGCCGAGCAGCGUGCCAAGUUUGAGGACGACCCGUCCAAGUUCAUACAGAGCGAGGCCGACCUAGACGCCGACAUCAAGGCCCUGAGCAUCCUGGCCGAGCACCCCGACCUGUACCCCGAAUUUGCGCGUCUGGGCUGUGUGGGUAGCCUGGUGGGACUGCUGGCGCACGAAAACUCAGACAUUGCGAUCGAUGUGCUGGAGAUUCUGAACGAGCUCACCGACGAGGACGUACCGGCCGAGGAUGCUCAGUGGGGGGCGCUGAUCGACGCCGCCCUGGAAGUGGACCUGCUCGGCCUGCUUCUGAGCAACCUGGAGAGGCUGGAUGAGAAGGAGGAGGUGGAUCGGAAUGGGAUCUACCACGCGCUCAACAUCUGUGAAAACCUGUGCUCAAGGACGGCAACGGCCGAGAGGAUAUGCGCUCAGGAGAGCCUCGUCAACUGGCUGUUACGGAGGAUACAGGCCACGGAGAGUCCUGUUGGCCAGAACAAACAGUAUGCGGCUGAGAUCCUGGCCAUUCUCGUGCAGUCCAGCGCCAAGAACCGAGCGAGACUGGCCGGGCUGGACGCUGUGGACAUCAUGCUACAGCUGAUCGCGCCGUACCGCAGGCGCGACCCGGAGAAGGGCGCCGAGGAGGAGGAGUACAUGGAAAACCUGUUCGAAGCCCUCACGUGCAUCGCGGACGAGCCCGAGGGCAAGACCAAGUUCGUCGAGGCCGAGGGCGUGGAGCUCUGCUUGCUCAUGCUGAAGGAGGGCAAGCUGAGCAAGAUGGCGUCCCUGAGACUCCUGGACCAUGCCACCGGUGGGCCGUCCGGGGCCGAGGUCUGCACCAAGAUGGUCGAGGCCGGAGGUCUGAAGAGCAUGUUUACCCUGUUCAUGAAGAAGAAUAACGACGGCCAGACGUCAGAACACCUGAUCAGCAUCUUCAGUUCGAUGCUGCGGUUGCUGCCCGCCAACUCGGCGGAGCGGAUACGGACGCUGGCCAAGUUUGUGGAGAAGGACUACGAGAAGACGGUGAAGCUGGUCAGGCUACGGCGCGACUAUGCGUCCAGAGUCUCCAGCGUCGACGGGUCGAUACGAGCCGAACAGGCGCGGAUGAGCGCCGAGGAGAAGGACGAGAUGGCGGACGAGUGGUUCUCCCGACGGCUAGACGCUGGCCUCUUCUCCCUGCAGACGAUCGACGUGGUGCUGGCCUGGCUGGCGGCCGAGGACGGCGGCGCGAGGAACAAGAUCAAGGGCCUCCUCGCCGAGCAGGACGAGACGCUGGCCGUGGUCAAGCAGACGAUCGAGGAGCAGAUGGAGGGGAUGGACGGGGAGAACCAGGACACCAAAGAUACCCGGGACAUGCUCACGACGCUGGCCCAGUUCCUGCAAUAG